AACAGUCAACAUAUGUGGAUUGGAUCUACUAGUUGUUUAUCCAUGGCAGUGGUUGGAGGUUCGUGGCAGAUGCCGACUUAUUCGUCAGAAGUUUUCACGUUCCUGAACGAACAUUUUCAGAGAGGAUAGAAUUGAAAUUGUUGUUUUUAAGGACAUCAAUUAGCUUUGCCAAAACCCCAAAAAAGAAAUCAAAUCAAACCAAAAAAAAAAACUAUGCCAGUGGCGACUUGCCGGCUCCUUUACAUACCCACCACCAUCCGCCUUUCCUCUUCACUCCCCUUCUCUUCUUCUUCUUCUUCUUCUUCUUCUUCUUCUUCCUCCUUCCCUCGGAAUUCAAGAUUCUUCCCUUCUCCGUCCCUCUCUUUCCGAUCCACUCGCUCUCCGAUCCUCGGAAGGGUCCUUUCCUCCUCUACCUCCGCCUCUCACGCCGCCGCAACCGCCGCCAUGGGUGACGCGCCCGAUGCUGGCAUGGACGCUGUCCAGCGGCGUCUCAUGUUUGAAGACGAGUGCAUUUUGGUGAAUGAGGAUGAUAAGGUUGUGGGACAUGAUUCCAAGUAUAACUGUCAUUUGUGGGAAAAUAUCGAGAAGGGCAAUGCACUACACAGAGCUUUUAGUGUGUUUCUCUUCAACUCUAAGUAUGAACUGCUUCUUCAGCAACGAUCUGCAACAAAGGUGACUUUCCCCCUUGUUUGGACAAACACUUGCUGCAGUCAUCCUUUGUAUCGGGAUACCGAGCUCGUUGAUGAAGCAUCUCUCGGUGUGAGGAAUGCUGCCCAAAGGAAGCUUCUGGAUGAACUCGGUAUUCCUGCUGAGGAUGUGCCUGUGGAUCAGUUCAUGCCCCUGGGCCGCAUGCUGUACAAGGCCCCUUCUGAUGGGAAAUGGGGAGAGCAUGAACUUGACUACCUGCUCUUCAUUGUUCGUGAUGUGAGCAUGAAACCGAACCCAGAUGAGGUGGCGGAAGUCAAGUACGUGAACCGUGAGGAGUUGCGAGAGCUGUUGAGGAAAGCCGAUGCAGGCGAGGGAGGCUUGAAACUGUCGCCAUGGUUCAGGCUAGUGGUGGACAACUUCUUGUUCAAGUGGUGGGAUCACGUUGAGAAGGGAACACUCAAGGAUGUAGCUGACAUGGAAAUUCACAGGCUCUAGACAGAUCUCGGGGGCCAUGUCUAGCUGAGUUGGAGGUCUAAUUUUCAACAUCUUCGAUCCAGAUCUGCAAGAUCAAUUUUAUCCCAAAUAAAUCUAGCAGGACCUCAGUUGUUGUACACAUGCAGAGAGAUGCUGAGAGAGACCAACUUUUAUUCUUUGCUGUUUUUGUGUUAGGCUUUUCUGUUGACAUGGGUUUCUCUGCACUCUAGAAGUUGGUAGUUUUAAUAACUCAAAAGGGCUCAUGUGAUGUGGUUCCCUUGGAGCUAAUGGUGGAGCUUAGUUUACUAUUACAGGGUUCAAGUCACAAGGGUACUUAAGCUCUGUAAUGUUAGAGGUUUAAUAUGAAUUUUCUUUUCAAUUCUUGAUCCCUUUUACCACCAUCAUGAUUCAUGGCUCAUGGGAUGAUCUUGUUAAAGCAGAUCUUUUCAAGCUAAAGUGUUGAAAUGGAGAUUAUAGAAAACAAGUGGCUGUAAAAAGG